GUGUACCCGCUUUGGCCACGUUCGACUAAAGUUUGGCUCAAGUGUGAACUCACAAGUCGGAAGUUAUUUUUUUGAUUUUGAAAUUUUCAGUAAUUGUGGAAUAGCUAAGUAAUUUUAACCAAACAAAUUCCGUUGCGAGGAGGUAAGGAGCACCGUCGUCUGAUUGGGGUUCUGCAAGAGACAAGUGCAAGUAAAUCUUGUCAUUAUGAAGGAUCGCUCAGGUGUUGGCGUAGAAGCGCCGUGUUACACCCUCAUCAAUUUUCCAAGCGAUGUGGAACAACCGUCCGAGUUGAUGUUGAGAUCAGAACUAGAAAAGGGCGACUUAAAAGCAAAGACGGAAGCAUUAAAGAAAGUUAUCUUUAUGAUUUUGAACGGUGAGAGAUUACCCAGUCUGCUUAUGACAGUUAUUAGAUUCUGUCUCCCACUUCAGGAUCACAUGGUCAAGAAAUUGCUCUUGAUUUAUUGGGAAAUCGUUCCGAAAACGUCUCCGGAUGGGAAGCUUCUCCACGAAAUGAUCCUCGUGUGUGACGCCUAUCGCAAGGAUCUUCAACACCCAAACGAAUUUAUUCGAGGAUCAACCCUUAGAUUUCUGUGCAAGUUGAGGGAACCAGAAUUGCUGGAACCUCUUAUGCCAGCAAUCAGAAUGUGUUUGGAACACAGACAUGCGUAUGUCAGGAGGAAUGCCGUUCUGGCCAUUUUCACCAUCUACAAGAAUUUUGAAAUGUUAAUUCCCGAUGCACCAGAAGUUGUUUCAAACUUUUUGGAAGUGGAACAAGACAUGGCGUGUAGGAGAAAUGCAUUCCUUAUGCUACUCCAAGUGGACCAGAAACGUGCUCUUGAGUACUUGACGGCAUGCUUAGAACAAAUUGGUACCUUUGGGGAUAUCUUACAACUUGUUAUUGUUGAACUAAUUUAUAAAGUCUGCCAUCACAACCCUAGUGAACGGACUCGGUUCAUUAGAUGUAUUUACAAUUUGUUAAAUUCUAAUAGUUCAGCCGUGCGGUACGAAUCUGCCGGAACUUUGGUUACUCUAUCCACUGCACCCUCUGCAAUUAAGGCUGCCGCAACUUGCUAUAUAGAAUUGAUCGUUAAAGAGAGCGAUAACAACGUGAAGCUGAUUGUUCUCGAACGUCUUGCCCAACUCAAGGAGACUUCAACGAAUGAGAAAGUUAUGGAAGACUUGGUCAUGGAUAUUUUACGGAUCCUCUCCGCCCCUGACUUGGAAGUGAGGAAGAAAACGUUGAAUCUCGUCUUGGAGCUGCUCACGUCGCGAACUGUAUCCGAAACAGUAAUGUUUCUCCGAAAAGAAGUUGCCCGCACUCACAACUCCGUGGAACACGACGAUACCGGAAAAUAUCGACAACUUCUUGUUAGAACUUUGCAUCAGUGUUGCGUCAAGUUCCCUGAUGUUGCUCCCUCCAUAAUUCCCGUCCUAGCAGAAUUCCUCUCUGACUCCAAUGAACUUGCAGCCUCCGAUGUGCUCCUAUUUAUGCGCGAGGCCGCCCAAAAGUUUCCACACUUGACGCCCACCAUUACAGAAAAACUGUUGGAAAUAUUCCCGCAAGUUCAAUCCGCCAAAGUGAUGCGUUUCACAGUGUGGAUUUUGGGAGAGUUUGUGAACACCAAGGAAGACAUUGAAAGUGUAAUAGGGCAAAUUAGGACCUGUUUAGGCGAGCUCCCACUUUAUGAGUCUGAAAUGAAAAAGGCUGCUGGUCUCGAAACGGAUGAAGAGAAAGAGAACAGAGAGUCGUCUGAAAGUAAACCUGCUGGUUCAGGAGAAAAGUCUUCCAGUCGACUUGUAACAUCUGAUGGAACAUACGCGAGUCAAUCAGCAUUUUCUAUGACACAAACUAAAAAGACGGUUAAUAUCCCCUCACUCCGUAAAUAUCUCAUCGACGGAGAUUUUUUCAUUGGUGCCUCACUCGCUUCAUGUCUUGCAAAAAUGGUGCGACGUCUCUGUCUCCAAAGAAGAACGACCACCGAGGACCGUCAUAAAUUCGUGGCGGAGACCGUGUUUAUUAUGACAUCCAUUCUCCGUUACGGAGUUUCAACCCUCCCAGCAAAGAAGAUCACUGCCGACGAUACAGACCGUAUCCUCCUCUGCAUCAGGGUUCUCGUAGAAGACAAUGAACGAUUAAACAAAGCUUUCGUUGAAGAUUGUGGCAAAGCGUUGGCCUACAUGCUUCACGAGCAGGCCGAGUUUGAAGCAAUCCACAAAAAGAAAAAGAAGGACGUCAUAGUCCAGCCAGAUGAACCAAUCUUGUUCAACCAACUCGUCUCCAAAAAUGAUAUUGUGAAUGGUGAAGACGUCUUUGAAACUAGCUUAAGCCAGGCGGUUGGAUUCAACCCGAAAAAGUCUGAUGGUGGUGACUUUUCAUCUUCUAAGCUUAGCAAAGUUACACAGCUUACUGGAUUCUCUGAUCCGGUUUAUGCCGAAGCGUAUAUCAAUGUGAAUCAGUUUGACAUUGUCUUGGACGUGCUAUUGGUCAACCAAACUGAUGACACUCUGCAAAACUGUACUCUCGAAUUAGCAACCUUGGGUGAUUUAAAACUUGUCGAGCGUCCUACUCCCAUUGUCCUUGGGCCACAGGAUUUUACCAAUAUUCGUGCCAGCAUUAAAGUUGCUUCCACAGAAAAUGGAGUCAUUUUCGGAAACAUUGUUUAUGACGUUGGUGGUGCAGCAUCUGAUCGAAACGUCGUUGUUAUGAGUGACAUCCACAUCGACAUUAUGGAUUACAUUUUACCUGCAUCAUGCACAGAUGCCGAGUUUAGAGCGAUGUGGGCAGAGUUUGAAUGGGAAAACAAGGUUGGAGUUAACACGAGCAUAACCGACCUUCACCAGUAUCUUCAACACUUGCUCAAGUCGACAAAUAUGCAGUGCUUAACCCCAGAGAAGGCACUUCUCGGUGAUUGCGGGUUCAUGGCCGCAACUCUCUACGCCAAAUCAAUCUUUGGAGAGGAUGCUCUUGCCAACCUGAGCAUUGAGAAGCCUAUCGAUAAUCCAAACUCUGCUGUGACAGGUCACAUCAGAAUUAGAGCAAAAAGUCAGGGGAUGGCACUCAGUCUCGGUGAUAAGAUUAACGUAUCCCAAAAACGUUCCUUAAAUCAAUCCAAUCGUGGAGCACAUUCCAAUGCUCAGCAAGCAGCUUCAGGAGAAAAUGCAGAGGAGAAUGAUUCAUCAUAGUUUACAUAACUUGCCUUUGAAAAAUGUUAUUAGUUUUUAAUCAAGUAUUUAUUUAUAUUGCUGGAAAAAUCACUGUAUUAUAUCAACAAAAUCUGGGUUAUAUACGGCUGUAAUGACACUAUAUAAGAAUAAUUCUAAAUUAUUGUAAUAUGCACGUCAUUGUUCCCAAGUCAGUCUGGAAUUGUGCAACUUUUAGAAAUUAAUAAAUGCGGUGGUUCACUUUCUACCAAAUAAAACUAUAUAUGUACUUA